GUAUCGAUAUUAUUAAUGAAAAUCAUCAUAUUAAUUAUUAUCAUCAUAAUCACAAGUUUAUCAUCAACGAAUAUUCAAUGUUCACGAAUAAGAAUAAAACAUUCGGUAACGAUAAUCGAUACUAUCGAUUCAUCACAACAACAACAACAGCGGCAUCAGCAACAACAGCAACCAGAAUUCUAUUAUAUCGAACAGGAAGAUGAUUUUAAAUAUCAAUUACGUAAUGUACCAUUGGAACAACAGACCAUCAAUUUUAUUGGACAACAACGGCCAAAACGUGCAGCAACAGCACGUUUAGAACGUCUCUGGGAUUAUGGUGUCAUUCCAUAUGAAAUUGAAUCCAAUUUCAGUGGCGAUCAUCGUGCCCUAUUCAAACAAGCAAUGAAACAUUGGGAAAAUAAUACGUGCGUUAAAUUUGUUGAACGUACUGCUGAACAUCCUAAUUAUAUUAUAUUUACUGAACGUCCUUGUGGCUGUUGUUCAUAUGUUGGAAAACGUGGUAAUGGACCACAAGCUAUUUCGAUUGGAAAAAAUUGUGAUAAAUUCGGUAUCGUUGUACAUGAACUUGGUCAUGUUGUAGGUUUUUGGCAUGAACACACCAGACCCGACCGUGACGAAAAUGUUCACAUUAUGAAUCACAAUAUUAUGCCUGGUCAGGAGUAUAAUUUCAACAAACUGACCGAAGAUGAAGUCAAUUCAUUGGGUAUCAAAUAUGAUUUCGAUAGUAUUAUGCAUUAUUCAAGGAAUACAUUCUCCAAAAGCAUUCAUCUGGAUACAAUAUUACCGAAAUUAUCUGCAGUAGGAGAUAUGGAUCCAGCAAAUAGGCCUGAAAUUGGUCAACGUAUACGGCUAAGUCAGGGUGAUAUUGCUCAAACUAAACUAUUAUAUCGUUGUCCAAAAUGUGGCCAUACCAUACAGGAUGAAUAUGGACAAAUUAUAUCACCAAAUUAUCCACAAUCAUCACCACCACCUGAAGGUGAAUAUUGUGAAUGGCGUAUAACGGCAACACAUGGUGAGAAAAUCAUAUUGAAUAUUACCGAUAUCGAUAUUUAUGAAACGAAUAAAUGUGAAAAUGGUUAUAUCGAAAUUCGUGAUGGUUAUUGGUUUAAAUCACCAUUAAUUGGUAAAUAUUGUGGUAGCGGUAAAAUACCAACAUCAAUCAUAUCACAAGGACAUCGUAUGUUAAUCACCUAUAUGGUUACACCUAAUCAACAUAAUCAUCGUGGUUUCAAUGCCACCUAUGAAGUCGUUUGUGGUGGUGAAAUUGUUGCCGAAAAUGGCUAUUUACAAAGUCCUUAUUAUCCAGAUGAAUAUCGUCCAAAUAAAGAAUGUAUAUGGCAUAUAACCGUACCGGAUGGCUAUCAAGUAGCAUUGAAAUUUCAAUCAUUUGAAAUUGAAAAUCAUGAUAAUUGUGUUUAUGAUUAUCUGGAAAUCAAAGAUGGUUAUACUGAUACUAGCCCAAUGUUGGGCAGAUUUUGUGGUCAUAAAAUACCUGCCGAUAUACGUUCGUCGACAAAUCAUUUAUAUGUAAAAUUUGUUUCCGAUUCAUCCGUAAGUAAAGCUGGAUUUUCCGCUACAUUCAUCAAAGAAAUGAAUGAAUGUCUGGAUUCAAAUCAUGGUUGUGAACAUGAAUGUAUCAAUACAUAUGGUGGUUAUCAUUGUGAAUGUCGUAUUGGUUAUGAAUUACAUUCGGAUGGUAAAAAAUGUGAAGAUGCAUGUGGUGGCCUUAUUGAAUCAUCAAAUGGAACAAUAUCAUCACCAUCAUUUCCUGAUCUAUAUCCACCGAAUAAGAAUUGUAUAUGGAAAAUUGUUGCGCCCGAAGGAUUUCGAAUCUUAUUGAAUUUUACAUUUUUCGAUUUGGAAGGCAACAAUGUUGAUUGUGAAUAUGAUAAAUUGGAUAUCAAAAGCAAACUGAACGAUCAUUAUAGCCCACAUGGAAUAUUCUGUGGAUCACGUCUACCACCGAUCAUAACAUCACAAGGACAUAAUCUUCUUAUGGCAUUUACAUCGGAUAAUUCCGUACAACGUGGUGGUUUUCAUUUGCAUUUUUUCACUGAUCUGGAUGAAUGUGUCAUCAACAAUGGUGGUUGUCAACAUGUUUGUCGAAAUAAAAUCGGAUCAUAUGUCUGUGAAUGUAAUAGUGGUUAUGUUUUACAUGAAAAUAAACAUGAUUGUAAAGAAGGUAGCUGUUCAUAUCAGAUAACUAGUUCGAAUGCUGAGAUUGUUAGUCCACAAUAUCCGGAAGAAUAUCCAAGUAAAAAAGAUUGUACAUGGCUAUUUAUUGCAACACUUGGACAUCGUAUUAAAAUUGUAUUUGAAGAUUUUGAACUUGAACCACAACAAGAAUGUGCAUAUGAUUUUGUUGCCAUUUAUGAUGGUGAUACACCUUCUGGACAAACAUUGGGUAGAUUCUGUGGUAGUAAAGAACCACAUCCAUUAGUAUCAUCAUCUAACAAGGCAUUAAUGGUAUUUAAAACUGAUGCAUCCGUCCAACGAAAAGGUUUUAAAGCAAGAUACUAUACAGUAUGUGGUGGACGAUUAUUAGCAACAGGAUCAUUUGAACAUUUGUAUUCACAUUUUAAAUUUGGUGAUGCAAAUUAUGAUAAAAAAGAAGAUUGUGAUUGGCAUCUAGUAACGGCUGGACAUGAUAAAAAAGUUUAUCUAAAAUUUGUUACAUUCGAAUUGGAACAUGAAAAUAAUUGUUCAUAUGAUUUUGUUGAAAUAUUUGAUGGUGGUGAUGAUACUGCACCAUCAUUAGGACGUUUCUGUGGUAAUCAGAUGCCAAACGAUAUGAUCUCAUCAGGUGAUUCAUUACUAAUACGUUUUCGUACAGAUGAUUCAAUCCAUAAUAAAGGAUUUACAUUAAUAUAUUCAUCUGUUGAAGCUGAUGAACAGGAACAAUUUAUUAAUCAACAAGAACGUAAACAAUUGGAGAAUCAAUUGAUUUCGAAAUUUUUUUAUCCACAACCAUCACCAUCACAAUCACCAAUGCCGUCAUCGUCAUCAUUAUCUAUACAUCAUUCAACAAUUCCUCGUUAUCAUCAUCGACAUCGUAAUCAUAAUAAUAAUCAUCAUUAUCAUCGAAAUCCACAACAACCUCAUCGAAGAAAAUUUUACGUAUAGAGUGCCAAAAAAAACAAUUUAUUACGGGAAUGAUUCACAAACAUACAUCGAUCAUCAUUUCAUUCAUAUAUAAUCAUUGACAAUUUUUUUUUUGGUAUUUGGCAGUUUAAAAUUAAUUAUU